CUCGAACUCUUAAAAGAUUUGAAAUGAAUAACAUGGUUUUAUUGAGCGUACAUACAGAAGAUGAAAAUACAAAUUGUUCUGUCGUAUGGCCUCAUUCGUUGGAAUCAAUGAAGUUCACACGCUGCAAUGUUGAUGAUCGUAUCUUAAAGCAACUUGACUCUAUUGGAUGGCCCGCAAACCUCAGGCAUCUUGAAUUAUUUGAUCUUGAAUUUUCGUCCUUGGCUUUUUUAAACAAUUUACCACAGACUUUGGAUGAAUUAAAUAUGGUUUAUUGUUACAGCGCUCAGUUUAGUGCAUUUGAAGAUUCCCCGAAACGAAUUCAGUUUCCAAAGUACUUGAGAAGGCUCAAUUUGGCAAGUUGUAGGAUUGGAAGCUUAAGUAUAUUGGAAUUUCCACCAUUCUUGAGAGAGCUCGACUUGAGCGGUGACAGACUCCACGACUUACUUGAAUACGAAGGAGGUGACAUUCGUUGGAUAGAUUUGGUCUACUUGGAAUCUAUUGUUUUAAAAUAUAACUCAAUCUCAAGUUUACGGUCUUGGUUUCCUCCAGUGAGCUUGAAAUACUUAAACUUAUGUGGUUGCGACUUGUCAGAGAUUACUGGGGAAGCCCCCAUUUUCAAUGAGAGACAGAACAAGGUGUAUUCUAACUUAAGACGAAUCGACUUAACAAAUACACACUUAUUUAGAAUUGAUGAUCUGGUUUGUGUGCCUCCUAAUGUAUACAAGUUGGAUUUGGUAUGUAAUACGAAUCUUGAACUGAUUCCCUUACACCUGAAGUUUUUCACAUCAAGACUAUGCGAGCUUGAUUUAUAUAACACGCCAUUUAACGAUUUGUCGAUCCAUAAUUCAUACUUUGAUGAUAAAAUCAAAUAUGUAACAUUCCCGGAAGGGCCCUUUCAUGAAUUUUCUUAGUCUAGCAAUUCUGUUAUAUAAGCCCGGUGGAGUUCAUCACAGGAGUUUUCAUUACAACGAAAGCGUUGCUGGCCAGUUUUCUAGCUCAACGAGAUUCAUCUUUCUCAACUUUAACGGGGACAUCUUAUAUAGCUGCUUUGUAAUGUUUUAUUAAAUUACGGCUUUUUUUUUUUUUGCAACCAUUUACCAUCUGUGCGAGGGGAUGUUCUAAUGAUAAUGCCAGACGCAACAAACAUGACCUGUUUUAUUAAUACCAAGAAAAGCAGCAGUAAAGCAGUCUAUGAAAUUAUUUUCACCAGCAGGUUAAGUUAUCGGAUUACAAGAUCAAGUUAGUUUGCAACAAUUCCUUUUUAGAUAAUUUUGGGUGUACGGGCCUGUUAAAGAAACUUAAGUAAUCCCUUUGAAUUUAUUAUUAGUAAUUUAACCAUCACUAUGAACGUAAUUGAUG